UUUAAAUAAAUUUUUUUGCUUGAAAUUCUCUUCGGUGUUCAUGCGACAAGUUUCUCUCUUGAUUUUUUUACUCGAGUUAUGAUGCAAAAUGUUUAUUUUAAGUCAGUCUGUGUUGAAAAGUCGCUCGUGAAACAUCGUUUUGUUACAUUUGCCGCUAAUAUGAAGCUCUAUGCUGUCUCAGAUGGGCCUCCAAGUCUCGCUGUACGAAUGUUGCUUAAAGCGCUGAACAUCGAAUAUGAGCUGAAAAAUGUCGAUUAUUGCGCCGGAGAGCACAUGACGGAAGAAUAUGCGAAAAUGAAUCCGCAAAAAGAGAUUCCCGUGUUGGAUGACGGCUUUUACUUGAGUGAAAGUAACGCGAUUUUGCAGUAUUUGAUGGAUAAAUAUGCGCCGGAGAGUCCCAUGUACCCGAAAGAUGCGGUAGCGAGAGCUUUGGUCAAUCAUCGUUUGUGUUUUAACUUGGCUUAUUUUUAUCCGAGCAUCUCAGCGUAUGCGAUGGCUCCAAUUUUCUUCGAUUACGAGCGCACGCCAUACGGCAAGAUGAAAGUCAACAUGUCACUCAAGACAUUCGAGACCUACUUAGAUAAAACUGAGACAAAAUAUGCCGCUGCCAAUCAUCUCACUAUCGCAGACUUCCCUCUUGUAACUUCCGUGAUGUGUUUAGAAGCGAUCAAAUUCCCGCUCGAUGAAUAUCCGCGCGUAAAAUCAUGGUACGAGAACUUCAAACGCGAAAACGGCUCUUUGUGGACAAUUGCUGAAGCAGGAAUGAAGGAAAUUGAGCAUUUUGAGAAAAAUCCUCCAGAUUUGACGCACUUGAAUCAUCCUUUGCAUCCAGCGAAGAAGUUGAAAUGAAAGUUUUUCAAGUUUUUUGUAAGAAAUAAACGAAAAAUU